CCCUGGAAUGCUCGACAGUGCUAAUCAGCAGGAUCAGCAGCGACUUCUCCAUUGUCUACGUCACCAUUAUUUUGACCUAAAGUCCCAUUUAAUAGGACGAAAGUGGUGCGCGUGGCAAGGAAGGAUUGGGAGGCUAUGGCGGAGCGUCCUGGCCGGCGGAGAUCACGUCGCGACAGUCUGGAAGCUCCUCAGAGCGUCGCCGGCAAUUCAUCGCGCACUCCUCCCGGCUCCAAAGAUCGUAGGACCAGUCGCAAGACCGCCGGCAAACCGAUUAAAGAGCGAUGGCUCUUGACGCGCAAAACCUGGCGGUAUAUGGCGGACGCGGGUCGCCGACUGAUACCGGACGCUAACCACAAUAGACACGAAGACAUACCGAAAAUCGAGCAAUACUUUCAAGACGUUUGCACCAGGGAGCCGAGGUUUCUACUUUGGCGAAAGACAUCGUAUCCUGGCAGCUUGGCUUUUCGAGCGGCGCGAAAGCGACGUCAUAAAGCAGGCGGCAGUUGUCGAACGAAGCCCAGCUCGGCCGACGAAGCCGACGACUCGAGAGGUUCGAGCUCCAGUAUCGGUGUAUCAUCCACUCCAAUCGUCUCCGGUAAAUUAGACCUCGCUCAGGUUAAGCGAGAAUGGUUGCUGUCAUCUAAGGAGCCGGGAAGAGAAUUGAGCAUUGCUUCGCCGGCGAGGCAAACGAAGCACAAGGAUCCUCCAUUGGAGGAUAGCGAGACGAAAGCUUUAGCCGACAUGCUUCAGAAGUACCUGAACAUACAAAGUGAUAUUGGUGGGAUACCUAAGUCUACGCCGUCGACAACGACGACCGGUGACAGUGGUAACAGCAGCUCCAAGGCCUCCGAGCCUACAACGACAAAUAGCUUCGAUUAUCAAAAACUUAUAGAAAAGUUAGAGCAACAUCUUAAUAAGAUUAUGAUGGAGGGGAGGCGCGACGAGGCGACUAGAAUGGCUUUUACAUCAACAAAAUCUAGAAAUGUCGCAUUUAGCGGUGGCGGCAGUUCCGGGAUUGGCAUAAGUGGCGCGAUUCCUAAGGUUACGAUUCCAUAUCAGAGCGAUCAUAUACAUAAGUCGCUGCUGGAUACGCUGAGCCGAUAUUACAGCAAAUCGCCCAACAGGCAGCACGUUAUUUCAGAUAUUCUGACGGACCGGAAACUUCUUGAAAAACUUUAUUUCGAUCUCCGGUGUACAAGGCGAUUUCGAGGACCGCGUGCGACAGGCGCUUAUACUUCACCAACUGCUAGAUGGUGGAACCAAGAACCUACAACGACAGCAUCACGAACUAAUAGGUUUUCGUCUAACGAUGACGGAAAUCGUCAUUAUUCCGCCGGGAGAAGGAAUCUAGCCUCUCCGCCGCCAUUGAUUGCCAUUCAAGGCCCGAGUACCGAGCGCGGUCCCGUCGAUUCUCACGCACAAACAGAUUCAGUAUCGAGAGAAACUUUAGAAAAUCUUCUCAUCGAACGGGAAAAGGAAGAGCAAUCGUCGCCUCCGCUAUCUGCCAAGGAACUUCAUAAAUCUGCUAGGAGAAGAAGCAGCGUCGACAAUGACGACGUAUCACCUUCCGUGAGCGACACCAUUAAAAGAUACCUAAGAAUGGCUAGGAAAAAGUCUAUGGAUGCUGAUAAAAUCGAUCGCUUUAAGCGCGUUAACUACGACAGAAAUUUACGAAAUAUCAAGGGCAAAGGAGAGAGACCAAGCGAUGACGAGGGCAACAAUAAGGGCUGCCAAACCGAUGAUAAUUGGAUACUCGGUUAUCGUGAGAUGAGUUCUUUGGAACCCGGUGAGGCAAUCUCCGACGCGGAAACGACCGCGUCGCCAGCCAGCAGAAACGCCAGCUCCAGAAGCAGCAUCGAUGCAGGCCUUGGCAGUGAAGAAACAGCACCAUCCACUCCCAAGCAUCAUCAGUCCUUCCUAUCCCAUCUUCUGCACGGUUCCCAUAGUACCCAUAAAGAAAAGCCGCACUCCGCGCCAGGUUCGCCAGCAUUAACCUCUUCUACGAAUCCGCCAGGUGGCAGCGCGAUGCAGAAGAGCAAAUCUUCGAGUAGCGUCGUACAUCACGGUAGCAGACUCGUGGCCAAGAAGAUCUGGAAGUCCAGGAGUAAAAGCUCAUCCCGGGCAAUUAAUAUAGUGUCCGCGUGGACGCCACAGGGUAAAUGCACGUGGGCUGGCACAAAUGGAAGACGAGUAACCUUACAGGAUACGCCAUUGCGCUCAUUAUUAGAAAUUGAAAGGAAGGUCCUCUGUCGGGUUGCUGUUGCCAAGCUUCAAGCGCUCAACCUCGGCGUACACAUCAGACCUCCAAGUGAAUCUUUAAGUAGCAAUUCAGUUUCGGCUAAGCCUAAAAGGCGCGCAUACUUGUUGAAGAGAAAGGCUCUGACCACUGGAUUUUUUGAUAGUAAAGGAAAAGACGACAAGGAGAAAGAACCGAGCGGAGGCCUUGUAUUUGGGAUCUCUUUGCUUCAGUGUUUGGAGAAUGACAGGUUGGCGCGUCUGGCUCUGGGAGAAAUAAACGACGUCGGUUGCCUUAGUAGAAGUAGCAGACAUGGAAGUAGAACGAGCUUCACGAGUCUAAAUGAAACAACAACUGCUGCGAAAGCCGAAGAGGGAGGUUCGUGCGAAUCUUUAUCAUCAAAAGGCGGUGCCUUGACGGGGAGCGAUUCUGGCGUCUUGGAACUAAGCGACGGUGGACCACCCAACGAGUGGGAUGCUGUGCCCACUAUUGUCAAACAAUGUAUCAGGCACCUCGAGAUGACAGGACUAAAUACCCUUGGUAUCUUUCGUGUUUCCCCAUCCAAGAAGCGCGUUAGACAGUUAAGAGAAGAUUGGGACUGCGCUCGCGAGACCAAAAUUGGUCCAGAUCAAUGUCCUCAUGACGUUGCCGCUCUACUCAAGGAGUACUUUCGGGAUUUGCCGGAUCCCCUUCUUUGUCGCGAUCUUUAUCAGGCCUUCGUGCACACGCAAAAAAUCCGUAAUAGACGAUUGCAGCAGGAAGCACUCCAACAUCUCAUACAGUUACUGCCAACCCCGAAUCGUGAAACUCUUUAUGUUCUGUUAAAUUUUCUAAGCGAAGUCGUAGCUAACAGUGAGGAUCGUAAGGGUGAUGACGGUCAGCGACUGUCAGGCAAUAAAAUGGAUACAACGAAUCUUGCAACGGUCUUCGCGCCAAACAUUCUGCACUGCGUGAAACCGGGUCAAGCACGUUCGGAGGUGUCGGCCGAGAGGGCCGAGGAGAGAAUAGACGUCAUAAAUGUGGUGCGUGCCCUACUCGAGCACGUGGGCACGCUAUUCAUCGUACCGGCUGCCCUCCUGGACGAGCUCUACCUCCAUAUGAUGGACAGCCAUCCAGCCGAACUCGACCUCUCCCUCUCCCGCAGGGCCGACGAGCAAUGCGCUGACGACUUGGAACUGAACAGCGAAACGGAAAAUUACUCCGUUGACGAGGCAUUCUCUUCGACUGCAACAACAUUUCCAAUGGCAUCCACUACAAGCGCAAUCUCCUCGGCGACAUUCGCAACAACCUCGACGACGUCGUCGUCGACGACUCUAUCGACGGCGGCUACCGCCACAGCGGCACCCAUUUCAAAUCGCAAGCUUUAUUCACGCGAGGAAUGUCUGCACCAAACGGCCGGGGUAGGCGGUGACAUUGGUCCAAGGCCACGACGUUCGAAACGACCUGGAAGUCGAAAGAAGGAGGAUUCAGCCCGUAGCAAUAGCGUCGACAGCGGUUCGAGCGAAGAUCCUACGGAUCCGAGGCGCAAGUCCUCGCCAAUGGUCAUAACGGCGAGUCUGACAAUACCGAUGUCCGGGGCGUUCACGUUGAACCUCGACGAUUCGGACAUUCCAUACAUCGAGGACUCGAACAAUUCGCAGAGCAAACAACAGCAACAGCAGCCAAGUGCGCCACCUAGAAGACAAAGACAGUGUUCGGCGUCUGGUAGCGAAGGUGGGGGUGGCGUAAUAGGGAGCGACAGUGCGGUGGGUUCCUCGGCAACGUUCUCGGGUGACCAACCGCCAAGUUCUCCGCUUUCGUGGGCUUCCACUCCACCAGCAAGUCCGGAUAGUGCCGUCACUGCCGUAUCCUACGUACCCGAUCAGGCCUCGCAGCACCAACAGCAACAACAUCUUCAGCAACAGAAACAGCCGACGCUACAGAGGGUAUCGUUCACAACGUCCAGUGAACUCCGACAAAUCUCAAGGUCUAAUGGUCAGCAGGAUACGUCGAAAGCCAGCAUCGCUCCGCCUUAUACACCCAGCAUCACAAGUAUCGGCGGUGCUGUUAUGAGGUCAAAGACCGCGGAUAUCGAAAGGAUGUUACACAUAAAUAGGCCAGACGUAAACGUGCGACAACGCUCGAGCACGCCAACUACGUCGAGUGGCGUGUCGAGCUCAACCCCGGAUACUAAAAAGUACACAAAGCGUCGAUACACGGAUUCGAGGCAUCAAACGCGCCAUAUACCCGACGCAGAGAGUCUUAGCAGCCAGGCGAUGACGUCCAAACUGAGUUCGACGUCGUGUCAGUCUUCGACGAUUCCAGCGGCACCCCAUUCUUCGUCCACGGUAACCAGCUCGAGCUCUACGGGGGCAGCGCAACCCGUUUGGAAAAGGCGUGAGCUCAUAUCCAGUGCACCUAAGCAACGAGGAACCUUCUUUUGAGAACCAUGUCGUCCUUGAUAGUGCCUUAAAUUAUCA